AUGAUGUUGUUACGAUCUUUCAAACUCCUCCGCCGUCGCCGCCGCAGCAACCUGCCACCCUUUCCUUUCUCCUCUCCUCGCCGCCACAGCACUGCCGUCGACGUUUCCAAUUCAAAAGACGUGGUAUCAUCAUCGAUCGUUACCCAACUCCAAGAGCUCCUUCAACACCCAAAAGACGAAUGGAACUCACAGGAAAGCAAGAAUCUUCUUCUUCCUCUUCUCUUCAACGAUUCAGAGCCUCUUUCUUCCCGCCAGAUCCUCCAGAUCACGCGCCAAUUGGGUUCAACUACCAAAGCUCUCGACUUUCUCGAAUUCAUAAGAACCAAUGCAGAACCGGAACAGCAACACUGUCACUUGCUGUCUUCGGUGUUCCAGAGCGCUCUUGAGCUCGCGAAUCGUGACGCUACUUCGAAAAUUGAGGUCUUGAAGCUUCAUGGUUACUUAAAAUCCCAAAAUUGGAAGAUUGAUUUGAGUUCCCAAUCAGCUUUGAUUCUUCUACGAUGCUUGGAGGGUGCUAAAAUGGUGGACGAUUCACUUUUUUUGUUUAAGAGGCUCGACAAUUCUGCAAAAAAUCCCGGAAUUUUCAACGAGUUGUUGAGGUUGUUGAUGAAAUCGGGCCGAAUUGAUGAUGCACUCCAAGUGCUCGACGAAAUGCUUGAACGGGAUUCCAAGAUUCUGCUGAAUGGUUCCACGGGGGAUACUGUUAUUGAGGAGUUGGUAAAGUGGAGAGACCCACGGGGGAGAAGCUUCUCUGAUGAGGAAACUCUGGCGUUGGUUAAGAAGCUUGGGGAGCAUGGUGUUUUUCCUGAUACCUUCAAGCUGACGCAACUGAUUACCAACCUGUGUAAAAGGAAGAGUAAUAACGCUGCGCGGGAGAUUCUGCACUGUGUGAUGGAAUUUGGUGGUGAAGUUGAUGCUGCACCUUGCAAUGCUAUGUUGACUGGGCUGGGAAAAGGAAGGGACAUUGAAGGAAUGAAUAAGUUGUUGGUUAAGAUGCAAGAGAUGAAUAUACGGCCUAGUGUCGUGACGUUUGGGAUUGUUUUCAGACAUCUGUGUGCGGCUCGGAGGGUUGAUGAAGCUUUGGAAAUGUUUAACAAGUUGAGAGGCAAAGGUGAAAGUAAUUUGUUUGGUGUAGAACCUGAUGUGGUAUUGUUUAAUACUUUGAUUGAUGGAUUGUGUAAAGUUGAAAGGGAGGAAGAAGCAUUGAGUCUCUUGGAGGAGAUGAAAACAGGAAGCAAACAUAAGCCCAACACCAUUACAUAUAAUUGCUUGAUUGACGGGUUUGGCAAGGCCGGCAACAUUCAUAAAGCGCAGGAGCUGUUUGAUCAGAUGAAUGAGGAAGGCGUUCAGCCAAAUGUGGUUACCCUCAAUGUAUUGGUUAAUGGUAUGUGCAGAAGUGGGAGGGUCCAUAGUGCAGUCGAGGUUUUCAAUGCAAUGAAAGAGAAGGGCCUCAAAGGCAAUGCUGCAACGUAUACGCCACUAAUAUCCGCUUUUUGUGGAGUUAACAACAUCGAUAAAGCCAUGCAGUUUUUCGAUGAGAUGUUGAGUUCUGGAUGCUCCCCAGACGCAAUUGUUUACUACAGUUUGAUAUCUGGUUUGAGCAUAGCUGGAAGGAUGGAUGAUGCCAGCAUUGUCGUGUCGAAGUUGAAGCAAGCUGAGUUCGGUCUUGAUGUAGCUUGCUAUAAUGUCCUGAUCAGUGGAUUUUGUAAGAAGAAUAAGCUGGAAAGGGUUUAUGAAAUGCUUGAAGAAAUGGAAAAAGUUGGAGUUAAGCCCGAUACGGUCACUUACAACACUCUGCUUUCCUCCCUAGGCAAAAGUGGAGAUUUUGAAACUGCCAAUAAGUUGAUGAAAAAGAUGAGGAAAGAGGGUCUUGCGCCUUCCGUGGUUACUUUUGGGGCACUGAUACAUGCAAAUUGUUUAAAUGACAAUGUUGAUUAUGCCAUGACGAUUUUCCAGGAAAUGUGUUCUACUACAUCCAAGGUUCACCCUAAUACUGUUAUAUACAACAUUUUAAUUGAUGCUCUAUGCAAGAAAGAUGAUGUAGAAAAGGCUGUUUCAUUGAUGGAUGACAUGGAGGAAAGAGGGGUUAGGCCUAAUACAACAACAUAUAAUGCUAUUCUCAAAGGGAUUAGAGAUAAGGGAGUGUUGAAUGUAGCUUUAGCACUUAUGGACAGAAUGAUUGCGAAUGCUUGCAGAGCUGACUAUGUAACCAUGGAGAUUCUUACAGAAUGGCUUUCUGCUGUGGGUGAAAUUGGAAAACUUGAUCGAUUUGUCAUGGGGUAUUCAGUUUCCUCUGAUUCAAGAUCAUCAUUGGCAAAACUAUUUGCUGCCUCAAACUCCUCUCCGAAGGCGCUGUGCAAAUCAUCUGAUGGGAAAGAAUCCUCCACAGAAUCAAUGGAAAAACUAUCUACAACAUCAAUGGCAAAACUAUUUACAGUCUCAACUGAUCGUCCCCUAAGGGCGCCUUCCAAAUUGGCGGAUAGGAAAACCUCCUCUAGAAGAUCAUCAUCGGCAAAAAUAUCUGCUGCCUCAACCUCUUCUCAGAGGGCUCCUUGCAAAUCAUCUGAUGGUAAAGCUUCCCUUACAACAUCAUUGGCAGAACUAUUUACAGUCUCAACCUAUCAUCCCCUGAGGGAGCCGCCCGAAUCGCCGGACAGGAAAAGAAAAAGUUCUUAG